UGUAUACACGCUGGAAAAUUGCCUCUGUAGCCAUCCCCACCCUUACCUCUGCAUGUUCUCAAUUGGUCAUUUCAAAAAAUUAGUGAAAUAAGUGGAAUGGCAGACAUGGGAUUGGGGCAGUUUGAGAUGCUGCUACAACAUUCUGAGGUAUAUCUCUCCCAGUGAAAGGAUGGCUGUUUAAAUGUCCUCAGGAAUGCCUAGACUUACCUGUGGGCCGUGAUACCGAGCUGCACAAUCUUGUUUCAUGUUAUGGUUUCUAAAGGUGAUAUUUGAUGUUCCUGAUAGAUGAUUGGAUGCUUGAUGGUGCACAGUAGGAUUUUUGUAGAUGAGGAUAUGCAGCUUUUGUGUUAAAAUUCAAUAUAGAUCUGUAUGAGGAGAACAUGUCAACACAAUCCAGCUGAAAUGUUGUACCUGUGUCAGUGAUACAGUGAGUUAACAGUUUCUCUGUGACGCUCAGGAUCAAUAUCAAGUGUGUUUGAGCAAGUGUACUGAGGAUUGAUUCAUAACUGGUGUACUUUUGACACAUUGUCACUGUCAGUAGAUCAAAAUUGUCUACCAGGAACUCUGGUGGGAAACAACUAACUGGAUCUGGCUGUGUCUUCAUUGUGAUGGUGAUUAUUGUUGGAUGGACAUCAUGGAUCUCUGGGAGAAUAGAUACCACACGUUCAUAAUUUGGCCGACUGGUUAACAAUGGAUACGCUUGCUCCACAAUCAGUAUUAGAUAGUAGACAUAGAGAAGGUACACCAGUCUCGUGGCGGGUAAAUCCGGACCGCCUCACGAGAGCCACUAGUCCCGGACGUCUGACAAAGCGUCCAUCUAACGAGAACAUAGAGGAAGUUUUGUUGUCGAGAAUUGAUCAACCCUACCGUACAAGUUUCAGUGCAGUAACAACACCGAUCAAGACUAAGCGGCACAGAAGCCGAUCAACUAGUCCUGGCGCUUCUAGUAUGAAAUCAGAGAAAUCAUCUAAGUCAAAUAGAGGUUCAAAACAUGUGACUUACAAUACUAAUGUGACUGUCAGACAUUCAGACUCGUUCGAAAAUCAAGAUUUAUUACAAAGUAGGGUAGAUUUUGACAUGUCUGACAAAGACACUUCAGUGAAAAAGUUGGUAUACUUGGACAGUAUGACUGAUUCAUCUCCUACACAGAAAGAGGAGGCUGUGAUGCCCAGGAAGGAUGAAAAGAAAGAGGACUAUUCCUCACAAAUUCAGGAAGUGACACAGAUGAUUGUGAAUGAAUAUUCAAAAGAUACACCAAAGCAUGAGGACGAAGUGAAUAAAACCUCCACUCCGGCUCCCAAAGUGUACCGUACAAAGCCCCCACUCCCAGGGAAGGGCCGGGGGCGCGGUACUCCCAACGGCAGGCCACCCCUACAUCCUUCUGAUGUCGGACCUCGGAAUGUUGUAGCAUGGGAAUAUGAACAUGACCGCACAAUUAACUACAGGAAGGCAAUGUCCAAUCACUACACUGAUGACAAACACUCCAAGGAUCCGCAUAGGACGCCCCGAGGGGACAGAUCAGAUCAUCCUACUCGAGCAAAAUUGGAAUACCCUGCAGAUCCUGAGCAAAGAGUGAAUCAACCUGCUGACCUGCAACCUAGAAUGGAACGAUCGAGCUCCAUGCCAUUACAACCAGAGGAAGAAACAAAUCGCCUUGCUCCCCCAAAGAGGACUGUAAGUAGCAGUAUAGGAAAUUUCUUCCGUAGGCUUUCUCCAAGACUUGGAAGAAAAAGUAAAAAAGAUCGCAGUAAUGAGUCAAUGUCAACCUUAUCUGACAGUGGACAUGGAGGUUGUGCAUCAGAUGAAAACUUGUCUCGUAGCAAAUUCAGACAGUCUUUUAAGAAAUUUCUUGGACGUGGUUCACCAAAACCUAGAGGCAAAAAGUAUAGCAAAGAUGGGUCCACUUCUUCACUUGCAAAAUCUGAUGUGGAAUUGUUAGACCAUGAACCAAGAUCACGACCUAUUCCCACAUCAUCCAAUCGAAUGAUGGAAUCAAUUAAGCAGAACUCUGACAGGGAUAGAGACGUGUAUCAAAAAUUUAAAGAGAAGCAAUCUCCGAACCAUCCAUUUGAUGCACGGUUGCAGCAGAAACAACAGCCUGUACGGGUGUCAGGGGAGGAUACUCCGCCUGCCAACACCUCACAGCAAAGUGACAGUAGGGAUUACAACCAGUCACCAUCUUCCCCUGACUAUCAAUUGACUGAUAUUCCUGACAUUGUGAUGGAUGUGACGUACGCUGCACCAAGGACUCCCAACAACAUGGCGACCUCUGAACUUUCACCUCACUCUGACUCCAAACCCAUGGCCUACCAUAAAGGUUCAGACAUCGACUUCUCACAGGACAUAGAUCUAACAGUGAGUGAACCGUCGCUUAGUACGACUGAUGCUGUUGAUGGCCACAUAGGACACCAUGGCGAUAAUAUCUUGACCUUGACCUCAGAGCGACCCCUCAGUCCAUUGGCGGCCAGCACGCCAGCAAUUCCUGCUGUAAAAUCGGGACGGCGCACACAGAGCGAACCAACUAACGACAAUGGACUUAACAUCAGCAGCAUGCCAAAGCUUGCAGACAGCGGUGACCUCCCUUUACAGGAGUGUACUAAGUCACCAUCUUAUCUAAAGCUGAGUUGUGCUGUAAGUGGCUACGGUAAAUACAGUCAAUACUCAUCCUAUCGCGACAUAGAGAAACGCUCACCAUAUUCAAGUGUAUCAUCGUCACGGUCGGACUUACUGUCACCAGAUACAAUGCCUGUGACAAAAGUUACUUCCCCUGAUGUGCGAAGGACUAGUAGUGAGUGCGGUUACGAAUUUGGAUUAAUUUCGCCACAGCCCUUGUCAGUGACGUCAUCACUUGGUAGUCAUGGCGACCUACUCAACGGAGAGGAAUUGUGUAAUGGUGUGUCCAAUGGGGACUGUAAUGGAAUGGAAAAUGGACAUAUAUUAUCAGAUGAAAGAUAUCCAACUGGGGACCCAAAACUGGACGGGGCAUACUUCCUGCGACUGACAGAGUUGGAAAUGAACAGUUUAUCAUCCCACUGUGCACACGUGGAGGUGGACCUGCAAUGUGGCGAGCUCCCAGAGGAAGCAAGCGGCAAGAUCCGGGCAGCUAUAGGAAAAGCCAACCUGCUCGUCAAUCAGAAGUGUAAACAGUUCCAGGACCUGUGUAUGCAACAUAUAGAACCAUCCGAGGAUAAGAAACUGCUGAAAGUGGAGGACCUCCAGGGAUUCUGGGACAUGAUCAAACUCCAAAUUGACAGUGUCUAUCGGAUGUUUGCAGAGAUUGAAUUAUCAAGACAAAAUGGCUGGAAAGAACCAACUGCCCAUUCACAGAAUAGCUCGGUCAACUCCAGUCCAAAGUCUGGAAGUCUGUCCCUCAGUAAUGCCAGUACUCCCUCUGGUACCCCCGGUUCCCGGAGACGUGCAAUGAAGGUGAAGGAGACACCGGAGUCCUCGCCAGAAAGAACGGAGAAGAUGAGAGCUGCAGCACGUGCCAGAGAAGAGGCAAGGAAACGAAUGCUUGCAGAAAAACGUGCUGCCAUGCGCCAAAAACAACAGCAGAAGGAGGUGGAGAUAUAUGUGGCUACUGAUAGUGCAAAUUGAAGUCCCACAUGUCCAUUCCUAUCUGUGAAUAUAUGGAGAAGUUGAAAAGUAUUAACCUGUGCCUGCCAUCUUUGCCUCACUUUUUGGACCGAUAGGUUUUUUCGACUCAAGAUGGAAAGAAACAAUCAUAUUUGAGUGUUUGAUGAACAAAUAAAGGAAGCAUCUUGAAAGUGUAUGGUUGGAAGUGAGUGGUGUUGAUAUUUGAUAUAAUCAAUCAACAAUAACUGAAAGGGAUACUACCCUAAAGUGAAAUUAGGAAGAUCAGACCAUACCACUUUUUAUCACUUGUUGAACAAAAAACAAUUUUGGGGAGCGAAAUCCAUACUUCAUGUUUGAGCUAAGAAGGAUAGCAUGGGUACAUACAUUUCGGAUGACAUGGUGGGAUUAUUGGCAGUCCAUCAGUAAGUGAUGAGGUCCACUGGCAAUCAGUUUUUUGACUACUUAAGAAUGGAUGAAUACUCCCCUGGUUUAUAGAUCCAGACAUGUUCUGGAUUAGUGGCCACGUUGAAUGAAAGUUAAUACAUAAACAUUUUUAAGGAUGUAAACAACUGUAGAACAGGUUUACCAGAGUCUUCUCCAUGGUAUAUAUUGUUCCUAUGGGUGUUAGGUUGUACCCUUGGCUGGUAGAUGGGUGGACAGGUGUGUAACGAGAUUGUUUUUACCUGUCCAGACAGAAUGAGGAAAGGUACAGAUUUAUGGACAAUUAUCCUAUUCUUCGAGAUAUACAGGAUAGAUGUGUUAAAGGACAGAUCACUCACCUGUCCGAAACAAACUUUUGAGGUGCGAAGUAAUUAAACAAGCUUCCUGUGACAAUGUAAAGCAAUGAUAGAUAUUAUUUACCAGCUGUCCAAGACAAUCUGGUGAGAUAUAAACAGGUACAAAUCCUCCCUGUGUAAAGCAAGAAUGGACAUGACUUAAUUGUCCAGACAAACUUGUGAGGUGUAGAGUAGAGAAAUGUCCCAGUAUAAAGCUAGGAUCAAUGGGACUUACCUGUCCAAACAAAAUGGUUAGGUUUGGAGCAAGACACCUCCAGGUAUAAAGCAAGGAUGGAUAUGAUCUACCUGUCCAGCAGGUGUAUAAUGAUAAAGACUGUUUAUAUAGUGAGAUCAGAAUUACCCAUGUAGGUGAAUCAAGGGAAAAAUAAUUGACAUACUCUGUCAUUCUGCUUGUGAUUGUUGUAUGAAUAAUUUUCAAGAGGUCAAGCUACUUAAGGGUAAUUGAGUGGAGCUUAUUAAGACACAGGUCCUUGCCUCAGAGACUGACAGUUCUCUGUAGGUCAUGACUGAAUUGGAUCCACAUGUGACACUUCAGGUGACUACAUGUGACACUCAAGGUAACUGCAUCUGGUACUCAGGGUAACUACAUGUGACAUUCCGAAUAACAACAUUUGGCAUUCCGGAUUACUUCAUGUUGCAUUCUGGGGAACUAGAUGUGACACUCUUGAGUUACUGCAUGUGGCACUGAAGGUAACUAUAUCUGGUAAGUUAACAGUGGAUGUCUAUAACUUCCUUUGGAUGUUUUUUAAAACUGGACCAAUGAAUUGAACGAGCAAGUGCGCACUAAUCACAUAAUGACUAGGUUCCACAUAUGGUGCUGUCAUAUGACCAGGUACCGUAUGGGGUGUUGUCAUAUGACCAGGUACCACAUGAGGUGUUGUCAUAUGACCAGGUACCAUAUAUGGUGCUGUCUUAUGACCAGGUUCCACAUAUGGUGCUGUCAUAUGACCAGGUACCACAUGUGGUGCUGUCCUAUGACCAGGUACUAUGCAUGCAGUGCUAUCCUGAAAAUGUGAAAUGUGUCAAUCUAUAUUUACUUUGCCUUAAUCUGACCAAGACAUUUUGUGAAUAUAACAUUUCAUCAAUUCCAUUGACUUGGCAAUUUUUGUUUUGUUCAAUGUUACUUUUUUAUUUCGUACAUUUCCAUGUUAAGCACCACAAGUUGUCAGUCUGCCUUGCGCAUACAUGUCCAUUUAAUUUUUCGCAUGCCAGUAUUUUGCUUUGUUUCUUGUCAUAAUGUGAUAGAAACAAUUUUUUCGGGAUUUUGUUUUGUAAAUGGACCUAUGUUGUUUCGCACUUUUUAACCUGAUGUCUCAGUCUCCAGGUACUUGUGAUAUUCUCAUCGCCAAUGCUUCAUUAAGCUUCAUUAUGGCAUUUUAUCAUUGAACGAAUAGUUGUAUCUAUAAUUAAUUUAUUUGUGUGUACUUGUAUGCAUACACCCCAAGUAUUGUGACCUGUGUGUGACACAGAUGGUUUGUGAACUCAGUCUGGUCAUUAUUAUGGUGAUGCUCAAAUCUUCUUCUUAAAAUUUUCACUUCAGUUUUAGGGUAGCCUUUUUUUAAUUAUCUUAUAUAGUGUUAUCAUUUAUGACAGUAAAAUAUUGUCAUUUUCUUUUUCGGAAGUUUUGAUUUCGAAUCAUCAGUCUGUAGUUGGGUGUAUGAAGAAUUCAAUUUUUCAAGUGAUGAUUCAGUGACUUUAACAUUAAAAUCAAAUGUUACUGGGUUGUGCAAUAAGUAUACAUUCAUACGAACACCUGAAGGUGAUCGAGGAUAAAUACAUCAUAUAUAUUGGAAGAAUUUUAGGCCUAAAAGAAUCAAAUUGUAAAAUCAAAACCUGAGUUUAAGUUAAAAAUAUAAAUUGAAUGUAUUGAGAGUAAACUAUUUGAGGUCUGAAAGAAAAAGUGAAUACAUUUUUUCCAAAUGUUUGCCAUAAAUAGCUUAAACAAAUAGUUAGAAUAUUUCGCUGCACAUAUGAAGGGAGAUAACCCAACGAUUUAUGUUGGGGGAAUUUUUAGAGAUUGGACUCCCUAAAAUUAUGGUUAUACCUGCUUUGCUACCCUUCUGUGAUCUGAUUGUAAUUUGGAAGGGUAUCCUUUAUUGACUGGGAGAGACAGGGUAUCAGGCAAAAUCCACACCUAUAGAGGCAACAGAUUUCUUAUUACUUUAUUUUCAAAUAUUGGAUCUAUUUGUCAAAGACAUUUUGUCUAUUGGCUAAAAUUGCCAAAAGACCAAUGUUAUUUAUGAUCAGUUUUAGAUGUGAAAGGUGCUCUCCAAGAAAUCUGCUUCUUCAAAGACACCUGGAUCUGAUGACAACUUGCUAUGUACAUUAAUGCACUGCUUCAUGAUAUAGGAAGUACUAACUGGAACUAUAAUUUCGGAAGCCUUUUAAACAAAAACGCUGCUUUAAAUUUUAAAGAAUUGCUUAAAUUCUUAUUAAAAAGGAUAUUACUGAUAUGUGUAAUAGUUUGUCAUCCUGAGACUAACCUAUUUUGGAACUAAAGUAUUUUAAAAAUACAGAAAAAGUUUAUGAGUAUGAGAAUGUCCAUGUUAUUGAUAUGAUAAAAGUUCUCAACAUUUUUCACAGAGAUGGCUUCAGAAAUCUUGCUAUUUUUUUUGUUUUUGAAAUAAUAUACACCAAAAAGUCAACAUUAUCCAACAUCACAGGUUUUGAUUAACGAAUAUAUGUUCACAUUAUGAAAUCCCUGUUUUUUCAAUUUGCCUGAAAAUAUUUGAGUUUAUUUUUAGAGUUAACCUAGCAUUGUUUCAUCUGUGAAUUAACAUACAAGUCAUCUUCACUCGUUCCAAUGAAUUCUUGAUUACAUAUAUACAUAUGAAGAAAAUUACAAUUUCUACAUUUUCUUUUAAAGUUUAUAUAAACAAAAUAUUAAAAUGGUGCAUUUUUAGUUUUUUUGUUGCAUCAGUCAUCUUACAAUUACAUGUAGGUGAACCAUAAAUAUUUGUAUGUUUUUGUUUUAAAUUAUCAAUGUACAUGUAAAAACGUUUGUGACAGUAUUUCUUAAGGAAUUUAUAACGUAUAUCCAAAGAACAAAAAAGAAAAAAGUAAAUAAUUAUUAUAAUAUAUUAAAUUUGUAACACAGGAUUCCUCGGUUUGUUGUCCCCUAGAUCUUGUGGUAUCAGGCUUUCACCACUGUAAAACUUACACCCGAAAAAUGAGAUUGUUAAAUAAAAAACAUUCUGUUCUUAGAUUCAAAUGACAACCGUCAAAUGAUAUGUUCUUCAAAUUUGUUUGUUUUGCAAAUUAAUUGGGGUUCAAAAAGAUACAUUUUUUGAAAGCUUGUUAUAGCUCGGUCCAGAAAUUGGACAUUUCACAAAGAUUUUAUACAUAUUUAGGAUCAUAAAUUAUAACAUAUGAAACAGUUUCAAUAUUUAAAAAAAAAAAAUGCAGAAAAAGAUCAAUAUUCAGGAAUAAAACGUGUAGACAAGUUCAAAAGUUUCAUGUAUUUACUAUAUAUUUCUUAUAGGGUCAUCAAAUGUAAAUAACAAAACAAAUAUAGCGUUUUGCAGUACAUUUCGUUUUUGUUACAUCGAAAAUUAAUAUUAAUUGAACUGUCCUUUUUUAAAAUUUUGGGAUAUUAGGGGCAAUUCAUUGACACCGACUUCAUUUGUAUAUAUGCGUGUUGUUAUAAAGGGACAUAACUCCUGUCAGUCCGUUUCCACCAUACUAUGUACUUGUGAUAUUCUGUCAUCUUUCAUCCAAUCGCACAUUUUUCUUAUUUUUGAAAAGUCCUACAGAAAAUUGUUGUAUUUUUUCUAAGAUUUGUAGUUCAAGUUAUUAACAGUUUCUUAUUGUUCCUAAACAUUUUUGUCAACAAAAUUUCUUUGAUAGCAUGCAGUUCAAACUUUUGAAUUUAGUCUGUUUUAAAGUUUCAAUGUUUGUUUCCAUGAGGAUAAUAAUUCUCAAAGCAUUACAUUCGAUCAUCGUCAGUGUAACAUUUAGAGAUUUUGAAGUAAGUGGGGAUCAAAAAACUUAUAUUGCAAUAACCUUUUGUAACAUUGAAGACGAUAAUUGUUUGGCUGUUAACUCAUACUAUAUGAAACAUAAUAAACUACUGAAAAUUGUAUUGAUAAAGGAUACAGAAUAAUUGAUGAUCAGUAUUUAUACCAGGUUGUUUUAGAUGGAAUCGCCCUAUUUUAUUAUAUACCACUGGAAGAGGGAGCAUUAUGAUAUAUAUUUAUAUAUAACGUUGUACCUAGUUUGUUACUUUGAUAUUACUGGUUGGGUUUCGUGUUCCUUUUGUCUUAGAAAAAAAAUAUUUUUUUAUCAACCUAUGAUUGACUCAAGAUAAGAUCAUAUGUCUGUCAUACAUAAUCUGUCGUCAUCAGUUUUUAAACGUCUUUAUAAAACUACUUCGCCAAAAAUGGAACAAGUUGAAAAAUAUGCAUAUAUGUGAUCAAUUUGAAAAAUAGCAUCUUGUUAUGAUUUCAAAUGAACUGAAAGAAAAGUGAUAAACGUCCUCUGGGUUUCUUCAGAACAAAAGUUAAUUUUAUCUUUUAUCAUCUAUAUUGACUGUUUCAUAGAACUUUUAGAAGUUGAUUUUUAAAAAAGAAAAUGUUAAUUUUAAAUUAUUAAUUAAAGUCUUUUAAUGUCUGACUUCUUACACAAUGGUAUUGAUACAUAUAUAUUUUAUACCUGAAUGUGUUUCUUAACAAAAUGAGUCAUUCUUUCAAUUUUCAUCUCUUGUUAUUUUAAGUGUGGUCUUUUAAAGAUAAUUGUACAAGAUUUGUAUGAAAAAUCUUCUACAAUCUGAACAAUAAAAUACAUAUGUAUUUGUUAUUAUUGGUGGAAAUGUUUUGUUAAAAUUCAUAUUUUUUGGGAAGGAAUAACAACCCCUUCAUAAAUCUGGAUGUUCCAUGUCAGCAGGCGUUAAAAUUCAAACAAAAAAUGUGCAAGGAGGUUACAGGUAAUUACACAUUGUAUGACUGAAGUAUGGAAGCAGUGUGAAGCAUUAGGCAGUAACAUUUUCACAUUUAUCAUUGAUAAGACUCUAACAUAUUUUCAAAUUUUGGUAGAACAAAAUGUGAGCAAAUAAAAAGAUUCUGUUAGUCACAAUACAGAAAAGUUUCACAGCUACCACUGUAUUCCUUUUAAUUAUCUUAAAAUUCAGAAAUAUCUUCAAGCUUGCCAUUGUCUGCAGGGAACUUUCGAGGAUUUAUGAUGAAAGGUUGACUUGACAGGAGAUUUUGAUUGGUGAAGUGGCGGUCAGCUUUCCUGUUUCGAUGUUCAAUGCCAUAUAUAUAGAAUCUCAUCCCCAUAUAUAUCUGUAUCAUUCUAUUUAUAGACUCAUGUUAUUAUUGUUGUUGAUAUUUAAGCAUCAAAACCAACAGCUCAUAUGGCUUAUAAUAAAGGAUUAAACAGC